AUGGUAGAUACUGUCCUCUGCCCCAGCCUGUCAGGCACUGUUUCCAGCAGUUCUGUUAACAAGGAGCGUUUUAAUGCUGCAGUUGACGACCAAGGAUUCUCAGGGAACGAGACAAUGGAGGGGGUGGGGGUCUCCCUGACGGCCCUCAUGGUUCUGGACAGUCAUCUGACCACGGUGUUCCUCCCCAUCGUCUACAUAGUGGUGUUUGCUGUGGGGCUGCCCACCAACACCAUGGCCAUCUGGGUCUUCCUGUUCCGGACCAAGAAGAAGCACCCUGCCACCAUCUACAUGGCCAACCUGGCUCUGUCUGACCUGCUCUUUGUCAUCUGGACGCCUCUGAAGAUCGCCUACCACUUCAACGGUAACGACUGGAUCUAUGGAGAGAGGCUGUGUAAAGUCGUGGUGGGCUUCUUCUAUGGGAACAUGUACUGCUCCAUCCUCUUCAUCACCUGUAUCAGUGUCCAGCGCUACUGGGCCAUCGUUUACCCCCUCUCCCAGGAUUGUAGGAACAACCAUGUAGCCAUCGGUGUCUCGGUCGCAGUCUGGGUGGGGGUCUGGCUGCUGACCACCCCUCUCUACCUCUAUGACCAGACAGUCAAGGUGACCAACCUCAACAUCACCACCUGCCACGACGUCGUCCGGCCCAGCCAGAAUAGCAUGGCCGUCGGCUACUUCCUGACCAUGGGAACCCUUGGAUUUGUAGUUCCCACUGUGGUGUGCGUGGUGGCCUACGUUCUGAUGCUCAAGUCCCUGAGGAACUCAAUGACGGACAGCAGCAUCACCAAGAAUCGGCGCAAGGCUGUGGUGCUCAUCAUUACUGUGCUGGUCAUGUUCCUGGUCUGUUUCACCCCCAGUAACAUCAUGCUGCUUGUGCACUACUCCCUCCUGCUGGCCGGAGUAGUGAACGAUGGCUACGGCUUUUACAUCACCACCCUGUGUCUGGCCGCCCUCAACAGCUGUGUGGAUCCAUUCAUCUACUACUUCAUCUCAGAGGAGUUCAGGGAGCACGUGAAGAACACGCUGAGGUGCCGCAGUGAGAGGACAGUGGCGAGGAUGAGGGUCUCGUUCAGCGCUCUUAAGUACUCCAAGAAAAAAAGCACCUACAUGUCAGACUCAGGGAACACACAGAGCAGCUCCUGUUAAGGGGGUUGUCAUGUGGAGAUGGAAGUUGGCUGUACUGAUGUUUUUAAAGUACUGGACGGGUGAAAGGGAAUAGCUGGUGACCAUCUGCCAUGUUGCUUUCACCUGACUUGUUUCAUCAUUAUUAAUGGAAAAGGUGCCAUUUUAAACUGAGAUGCAACCACAGACUACUUCAUAUUAUGUGCUUGUGUUACAUUGGCUUCUCUUCCCUCAUACAUGAUAUUUACAUGGAGAUUUUGUUUGUUUUAUAUAGAGGGCAAAAUUAGUAAGAGUGAUGAGGCAAAUUGUUUUUAUUCCACGUUACUGAUCCAUCCUCCACGUUUAGACAAUCAGAUGUCCAUUAAGUUUGUUCCAGCGUGGAGCUCUCCGAAACUGUCAACUUAGUUCUCAGUGCCCUGCACUGACCCUUCACUUCUUUAAGUGAGCCAUUCACCUACAGUACAUAGUGAAAGUCUACACACCCCUUGCACAGUUAUGGCAUUUUCUAUACCACCUGCUUGACAUUUUCAAAGUGAAAGAAAAGGUAUAGACAAUGUUUGAAAAAAAUAAACAAAGAUGUCUUGUUUGUAUUCACAUCCCAUAGUUAACACUUAGUGGAAGCACCUUUGGCAGCAAUUCCAGCUGAAAGUCAUUUUGAAUAACAUUCUACCUACUCUUAGCUUAACACGAGUCACAAACCCGGAU